AUGAAAGAACGGACGGCCCUCGCACGCCAGCCUGCUCGGGGGAUGACCCAGAAGCCGGGGGUGCUGUCUACGAUCCCACUGGACAACCUGGUAGCCGAAGUACAUCGGCUGCUGGGGCCGACGUGGGCGCUGCCUCCUUACAAUAACCUCUUACCACCUUACCUAAAUGGGCUAUCCUCACGGCUCGAAAAGGAAGAUCUUGACUUUCUAGUACGAAAGGGUGCUUUAGACCUCCCCGAGCCUGAAUUUGCGCGAGAGAUCUUCAGAGCGUAUAUCCGGCACAUUCAUCCACAUAUCCCGUUUUUGGAUCUGGAUAGCUUCUCGAGAGCUAUUUUUGACAAUGAACAGGGUAUCCAAGGCUAUAUCAGCUUGCUGCUUUUUCAAGCUGUUAUGUUUGCGGGCGCGAUCUUCGUGGACCUGAAAUUCCUCUAUGCUGCCGGGUAUCUCUCUCGGAGACAUGCACUAGACACGCUAUUCCAACGAGCACGGUUGCUGUAUGAUUUCGAUGUGGAAGACGACAAUCUGUUUGUGAUCCAAAGCCUUCUUCUCAUGACCUAUUGGUACGAGAACCCCGACAGACACAAAGAUGGUCGACACUGGAUCACUGUAUGCGUAUCGCUUGCAUGCAAGACUGGACUUCACCUUGAUCAUAUAGACACUCACAGGCCGUCCCACAAGUUUCGGAAUAUGCUUUGGUGGAGUGCCUUUACCCGGGACAGACUGAUUGCCUUGGGUUUGCAGCAGCCACCAGUGAUCAAGGAUGAAGUCCAUUCGUCGAUCCCGAUGCUCGAAAUUGAUGACUUGGACAUAACCAGGCAAAGAUACGCCUCUGCUUGUUAUGGCUGUCAUGAGAGACACCUAGCACGUAUUUUUGUCGAAAAGAUCAAGCUCUGCCGAUGCAUCAAAGAGGAUAUGUUUUCGUGGGAUUGCCAACCGAUACACCCUCCCGUCGGCGCGAGGCGAGCGCGAAGGGCAAGUCUAUGGAUGUCGAAGCUGGAACUCGACGAUUGGCUUCAGGAUCUGCCCGAAACCAUAUCAUUUCAUCCAAGGCCAUUCGUACCGGCUCAUAAGGCGGACUUGAUUUUCCACUCUCAUUGCGCCUGGCUCAAAAUGGUAUACUUGGAAAUAUACAGCACGCUUCAUCGCCAGCUUGACUUUCUAUCCGACAAGUAUAGCCCACGUCAGCCGCUAUCUCUUGAUGCCCCAGAGUGUCCAGUUCUUCGGGGCGCUGUUGAAGUCACUGUGAUCCUGCAGGAUCUUUACCACAAACACCUGAUCUACUACCUCCCUACAACAAGCGUGCCCAUGAUUCUACGCGCCGGCAUUGUUCAUAUUCAAGAUAUGUCUUCUGGAGACCCCACCGUCGGCCUGGCCAGCUUCCGAAGGCUGUCGCAGUGCAUCCUUGCGCUUCAGCAACUAGGCCGGAGGUACGGCUCGGCCUGUUUCCUGGCCACGUGGCUGGGCGCUCCCAGCGGGUCUUCGGUCACCACUUGCUCCCCCGAGGAGAUUCUGGCUCAUGUUGAUAUCGAGUCGCUGGACCAGCUCACUCUCAGUUACCCAGAUUCUGCAGUAUCCACAAUACUCAAGAUCCGGGAGCCGUACGACGUGGAUAUUAUAUCGGGAUUAAAGUCUCGGAAAGAAAAGAGAGUCAUAGAAUCGAGGUGUGCAUUCAGGCAAUCUGCCUCUUUUGAAGGUGUUGAAAGUGUCUCUAUCACGAACACUUCCUCUGAAGCCAGUAGUGUGGCGCCUGUCGAGUAG